ACGACCUGCGAAAAAUGAUCUUUUCCUAACGAGAAAUGAAACGAAGUGGUUAAAAGAAUUAUUUCCCACUGAAUAAAUUUUAUGACUUUUGUAUAAAAGAUUAGAUUGAAAACGAAAACAUAUUUGAAAUAGUUCUGAUAUGGGAAUGUUGCAAAUUAUUAAUGUUUAAGUUGUGUUCAUAAAUCUCAUAAGUAAAGAAUGGAUGGAAUAUGCCACAUGUCAAAAUGAAAAAUAAAACAUGGAUUGUACAUAUUCUGUUACUCACUCUUCAGCUCUCCCUUCAUGUCUGUGGCUCCACGUACAACGCAAACUCUAAAAAUCUGUUUAACGCUUUAACGAAUGGUUAUAACGUCAACAUCAGACCUGACAGCAACGUCCCCGUUUCAGUUUCAUUUACAGCGUCAUCAGUCAACGACCUGGAUAUAGGGACAGGUCAACUUUCUGUAACGGGAUGGUUUUCGGUGUCCUGGAUUGAUUCUGUUUUCACAUGGGAUCCAAGUAGUUACGGCAAUGUUAACUACUUGUUUCUCACAAAAGAGUAUUGUUGGAGACCACAGCUUGCAAUUGAUAAUUCAGUCGAUGAACUGAAGAUUCUGAAUGACGACACACAGCAGAUGCGGGUGGACGAACAUGGCAUUGUACUAUGGGAGCCCGGUGGGGUAUUUACCGUACUUUGUGAUGUCGACGGCACUUACUUUCCAUAUGACAAACAGACAUGUUAUUUGAGUCUAUCAAGUGCGGUGUAUGAUAACAUGGAGGUUACCCUGUCACAUUACUCAACCACCAUCAAGACAGACAACAUUAUCAACAAUGCCGAGUGGAAAGUCUUUGACACGUCUACAGAGACAGAAAACCAGUUAGAUGGACGCAACGAGCAUUCUAAAACGUUGCUGAGGUUUACAUUCAAACUGGAACGAAAUUCUUCUUUUUAUGUGUGGACAUUGCUGCUGCCAUAUUUUAUGUUAUCGUGCCUCGGUUUGGUUGUAUUCAUACUUCCGCCCACUAAGGGAGAGAAAUCUUCAUUUUCCUUAACAAUAAUUUUUCUUGUUGUUAUCUUCUUCAUCAUAUUUUCAACACUUACGCCAAUUUCCAAAGGCAAAUUUCCUGCAGUAGGUAUCUAUUUCAUCCUCCUUCUCAUUGUAAAUAUACUGGAACUUAUGGUGACAGUGCUGGUAGAACGUUUGAAUAGAAACGACAAAGAAGAACGGCCGGUGUCGGCAAAACUUCAAAGGAUUGUUUACGUUUUGUUUGCCAGAAUAUCAUGUUAUAGAAAAGGAUCUCCUGAAGCCCAUGCUGAGUUUAGUGAGUCACCUUUAUAUCCCAGGCGUUUUUCUAUGCCAAAGAACACUCGUGUAAGCCCGUCUUCGUUGCCACAAAUUAAAAGUUCAGCUAGUAUGACACCGCCUCCACGACCAAGGAACGGUCAUCAGGUGUUUGAUAGAAUCAACAGCGCCCAGAGCACCAGAACGACGUCAGACGUAUCUACGGACGUAUCAAAUGCAUCUUCAACGUUACCAUUGCAGAUGACUAUUCCAGAAUAUAGCUGGAAAGACAUUGCUUGUAUGGUGGAUAGAAUAUCUUUGGUGAUAUUUUUCGUUCUCGUUUUAUUAUUGACCUCAAUUUUCAUUGUCAUUUUUUACCUAUAAUAUAUAUACCAUAUAGAUAUAAAGAUAUAAAGAUUGACCCGUUACUUCUGUGAUAGAUAGACGACAGUUGCAUUAUACAUUGUUACAUUACCUCAUUGAUAUUACAUCCCCUCGGUAGUAUAUUUUCAACUUUUAAAUUUCACGAAAACUUCCGACUAGCAGCUUUUAGACAAUGGAUGACUUUUACUUCUUACCUGAUUACACACUUCAUAACAUAUAAUGAAUUCACAAUUAUUUCUAUUUCUUGCCUGAUUACAUUCUUUAUGUUAUUUUAAAAAAUCCAAAUAUAUGUACUACAUUGUAUUUGCCUUAUUUACAUUCCUCAUGUAAUUUAAUAAUGCAAUCUUGCCAGAUUUCUUUCCUCGUGUCAUUUAAUAAUGCACGUUAUUUUUCCCCAUGUCAUUUAAAAACACUUUAUGCCAGAUUUCGGUACACAUACUAAUGGCAAGUAACCUAUACUUCUUGCCUGCUUGCCUGAUUACCUUCCUUACAACACUGGGGAGGAAAACAAAUUGCUCGCGAGGAUAUUGUUGAACGACCUAUAUUCAAUAUGGUUGAUUCAUAAAAUCUAAUGUCCAUGUGCGACGCAUAAGCUACGCAUAUAAAAUUGAAUUGGCAUAUUUCUGUAUACACUAGACGUUUUUAUUCGAACAGGAAAGUUUUUCUUGCAAAUCAAGAUUUUCUCGCGGUUUUGCCAGUGCUGGAAAAACUCGUCUUACACCCUGGGAUGCAAGAUGACUUACAUCCUGUUAUUUAUGAACGAAUGCGUAAAUUCAUGCUCUACUGUAAUGAAAUGAGUGCUAAAAAAGUAAAAGCAUUAAUUUUAUUUUAUUUCGUCUAUUAAUUGAAAAAUACGGUAUACUGGCACAAAAAAUCUAUCACUACUUGAAGGUGUGCAUGGAAAUAACGGGCUGUCUAAAAACUCUUUUGUGGUAACUCGGCAGAGCCACGUUACCGCCUAAACAACUGGUUUUGAGUCAGACAUUUCCAUCCGCACCUUCAGCUAAUGAAAUAAAUGUUCUGUUGACAUGCUAUAACAUAAUAUGUGUAUAAAUUGUUGCGCUUUACGGACGAACUCUUCUCAGGGUAAAGUUUUUUCUAUCUUUAAUGUAAAAAUUGUCAUAAUGAAUAAUGUGUGACAUGUAUGUAUGGUCAAUAGACCGAUUAUUUCAUGUUUUGUCUGGCUGUUGCUUCUCCAAGUUUUUGUCCUUUUGAUGUAAACCCACUAAAGCUCAAAAUGUAUAGCAAAUAAAAUUUCGAGUGUUUUUUAGCAUGCAUUGAUAUAUAAGCAUCGAUGUUCCAUUUUUACAGUUUCAGCUGCGAAUGUUUGAACAUUCAUUCUCACCUGAUAAAAUGGUUUUCUAUGGUGCUUUCCAGGGCUCUGAUUUCCUUUACGACCCGAUGAAUUUAUCAGCAGUUGUUUAAGAGCAACUUCCUCGCUUGAUACAUAAAUAAGUAAGACGAAAAAAAGUCAUGUUUGAAAAAUAAAUCUAUAAGAAUGAAGAAGAAUAUGCUCAUGUCUAUAUGGAUAUAUCUAUAUCACUGCAAGAUGUUUAAUAAAGAGUUUCGUUCUAUUUUCCCUGGACUGAAGGAGUGUUAGAGAUCCUUUACAGAUUGACUAAUAACAUAUGAUUGACUGUGAGUAAAACGAUGUUCUCAACAGGCUGAGUAUGUCUAUGUUACAGAUUCUUUAUUUGAACUUUAUGAUCAACUUUGAGCUCAAAGGCGUUUUAACGGCAUAUCUUAAGAGAAUCAUUAAUAUGGCUGUAUGAUUUUAAGUUUAUCUACGUUUGUAACAGUUUGUCUGUAUAUGCUUGACUCUGCGUUUAACGACGUUUAUCAAUGGUAUACCUGUAUUAGAGAUUCUUUAUCAUAACUGCAUAAUUUUUAGUUAACGACGAUUUUACAGUAUGUCUGUAUUGCGGCCUUAUGAUUGACUUUGAGUCUAACGACGUUUAUAACAGUAUAUCUGUACUAGAGAUUCUUUAAUUUGACUAUGUGUUUGACUUUGAAUUUAACGACGUUUUUCAACGGUAUAUCUAUAUUGGAGAUUCUUUAACAUGGCUGAAUGAUUUUGAGUUUAACGACGUUUUUAACAGUGUGUCUGUAUUAGAGAUUCUUCGGUUUUGACUAUAUAACUGACUUUGAGUUCAACGACGUUUAACAACGGUAUACCUGUAUAAGAGAUUCUUUAAUUUGGCUGUAUGAUUUUGAGUUUAUCAAUGUUUUUUCAACGGUACAUCAAUAUUAGAAAUUUUUCAAUUUGAUUAAUAUAUUAUUGUUUUUAGUUUAACGACGUUUUUCAACAGUACUUUUGUUCUAGAGAUUCUUUCAUUUCGCUAUAUGAAUCAUAACGCCAUUUUUCAACGGCAUUUUGAUAAUGCUAUUGGUCCCUUAGUUUUGAAUAUAGUAUUUCGAUUAUGUUAUGUUUGAUGUUUAACACUGUUGUAAUGUUAUGAUAUGAAAAUUGACACAAAUUUUCACAAUGACUGCUGUUUGCUGGUGUUUUCAUCUUUAUUUAUUUUUUUUUCGGCGACGCCGUCUAAAUUCGUUUUCGUUACCUAUGCCACGUGACUUCAGUUUACAAAUCAAACUACUUGAUAAUGCAUUAUAGACAAUUUAUCAAAAUGGAAGAUUUAUGCAAGACUCUUCCUGAUUGGACGAGAGUGUCAAUUUCUUUCACUCUGUUGAUUGUGCUACGCUGAGUGAAAUGUAGACAAAGCGUUUAUCCUAAACGACGCUGUUCACAGUUUUAAAGCUAACUUUGGCUUAGUAUAUUUAGCAAGAAUAUUGAUAUAUCUCAAAAUGAUAAGUAAGUUUAAUAAAUAUGAUAAAAACCUGUUCAAAUACCAACAUAUAUCAAAUUAAAGAAAGAGCUGAAUACCGUCUGCGUAUCCCAUGAAUAAUGGUGUGAUAAGAGUCUUUUAUGUAGAGAAGUGUUUUUUAAAAGAUUUUCCUUGUUACAAUUGUCGUCUGUAUAUGAAUAGGUUUCUUGCUUUUGUGACUUAUUCAGAUUGCAUAUUAAAAUGAGUACUUGUUUGCUUUGA